GCAGGUCGCUCUUCGUUGCCCUCGAUCUUUCGCGAUCUUUGAAGUUCUCGAUUUCAAAACCGGGUUCUCAUAUUUCAGCUUGUUCUUCAAUUUUUGGUUGGUACGGUUCCCUGUAAAUCAAAAUUUUUGGAGGAAAAUACCGGGAGCUCAGAGUAUCGAGCAUCGUGAGAGAGAGAGAGAGGGAUGGCGGAGGAGAAGUACAAUCGGAAGAAUCCGGCGGUGAAGCGGAUCCUUCAGGAAGUGAAGGAGAUGCAAUCCAAUCCCUCCGAUGACUACAUGAGCCUUCCCCUCGAGGAAAAUAUAUUUGAAUGGCAAUUCGCAAUUAGAGGGCCUCAGGAUAGCGAGUUUGAAGGUGGAAUCUACCAUGGAAGGAUCCAACUACCAGCUGAUUAUCCAUUUCAGCCACCUGCAUUUAUGAUGUUAACUCCAAAUGGUCGCUUUGAAACACAAAUGAAGAUAUGUCUUAGUAUAUCAAAUCAUCAUCCGGAACAUUGGCAGCCGUCCUGGAGUGUGCGAACGGCUUUGGUUGCAUUAAUUGCAUUUAUGCCCACCAAGGCUGAUGGGGCUCUGGGCUCUCUAGAAUAUACAAAGGAAGAAAGGCAUGCUCUUGCCAUCAAAUCACGUGAAGCACCACCAAAAUUUGGGAAUGUGGAGCGACAAAAAUUGAUUGAUGAGAUUCACGAAUACAUGCUGAGCAAGGUGCCUCCUGCCCCACCUCUCUGCUCCAAGCAUGAGAAGCCUGAGGAGCAGCCUAAUGUUACUGAAGAAGCAACAACAAACCCAGAACAUGCUGCUGUAGCAGCUCCAGCUACAGAACAGCCAAAUGCAGUACCUAGAGCUGCAGAGGGACAUGGGACAGUUGAAAAUGUAAGAGAGGUACAUAUGAAUGCAAAUGCCGGUUCCUUGCGUGUGAGCUUCAGUGCAGGGUUGAGGGUUUCAAGAAGAGUUCCAGAAGCUGCAGAGACGAGCCAACCACAACAGAGGCCUGAGGUCAGAGCACGUAACCUGAUCGACGAUCGAUGGUUGACGUGGUUAGCAAUUGGUCUGACAAUUGCUAUCAUGGUGUUGAUAUUGAAGAAAUACAUGAAAUCUACUGGGUUGGUUCAUCAUCGUGAUGAAUUGUAAUAGCUCAUUGAUGCAGCUUAAAAAUUCUAAUUGAUGGCACCAUAUUUUGUCUGUGAUUCACUAUAUGCAUGGGGUCUUCCUGCAAAGUGAAGGUUGGUCUGUGACUCUGUGUAUAAGUUGCAGUUUUGCAGAUCUCAUCACUGCUUCCUAGUAUGUCUGUUUUAUUAUGUAGACAACAUUUUAUGAUAUACAAAAUUGGCGAGGUUAUAUAUAAGUCUA